AUGCUUCACCUAGACUACAACAUCGCCGACCUCAAAGGCAAGACGAUCCUCGUCACCGGCGGUGCCUCCGGAUUCGGCGCUGCCUUUUCCACCCGCUGGGCCUCCGCCGGCGCGCAAGUCAUCAUCGGGGACAUCAAUCCCGCUGGCGAGACCAUCGUCGCCCAAAUCCGCUCCGACACCUCCAACAACAACGUCCACUUCAUCCACCUCGACGUCACCUCCUGGACCUCCCAAGUGAAUUUCUUCCGCCAAGCCAUCCAACUCAGCCCCCACGGCGGCAUCGACGCCGUCGUCGCCAACGCCGGCAUCAACAACGCCGCUGAAUCCAGAUACUUCGAAUCCCCGACCAUCGACUACCUCAACCACCCCAGCCCACCCCCGCCUAGCCUCAAAACCGUCGACGUCAAUCUCACCGGUGUACUAUACACCGUCCACCUCGCAGAAUGGUUCCUCCCCCGUAACCCCGGUUCCCAACCCUGCACCGACACCACCACCUCAUCCCCCCGAGACCGCCACAUCCUCCUCAUCGGCUCCAUCGCCAGCGUCCACCCCCUCAUCUCCCAAUCCUUCUACACCAUCACCAAACACGCCAUCCUCGGCCUCUUCCGUUGUCUCCGCGUCACGGCCCCCCUCUCCGCCGGAAUCCGCGUCAACAUCAUCUGUCCCUACUACACUGAUAUCGGGUUAAUGAGUGGCCCCGCGCGGGUGAUUCUGGCUGGUGUGCCCAUCGGACAAGCCGAAGAUGUGGUCGACGCGGCGACGUAUCUCAUGGCGAAUCGGGCAUGUAGUGGACAGUCGUUGGUUACGGGGCCGCGGUUGAAAUUGGGACUUCCCGAUGGGGGGUAUCUGACGAGGGAGGGAAAUGAGGAGACAGGGGUCUGGGAGAUCCAGUUACAUGACGUGGAAACCACAGAUGUAUUUACAGAUCGGAUGGUCAAGAUGGUGAAGACGGUGAUUGCGGCGCGGGGCUGGGUUGGCUGGGCGAGGGGGAUGGUAGGGGCGAUGGUUUGGCCGGUAGUGAGGUAUUGGAGGAAUUUAUUGUGA